GUGGGAGCGAAACCAACGCCUGGCUGGGAGCAGCCGCCGCGGAGGUGAGACGCGGGGCGCGCUGAGGCCGAAACUGGGGAGGCCGCGGGCUGGUCAUCGUGGGAGUCAAGGGGGCGCUCAGCUGCGGCUGCUAAGGACCGAGUCCGGUCGGGCGGCCUGAGGUCUAUGCUCAGUGAGCUCGGCGGCAGGCCGGACAGAGGAUCGGGACGCCCCGGAGUCCCGCGUCGCCCACGGCCGCUUGGCCCUCCCCCACUCCGCGGCCCUUACGCCUGCCUGGCCGCCCGCCGCGGGCCGCAGCCCGGAAGUCCGGCCAGGACGCCGGCUCUUCUCCAGGAAGCCAGGUCUUUGGCCAGUAUCGAUUCCACCUGUCCACAAACAUGGGGAAUAUCUUUGCAAACCUCUUCAAGGGCCUUUUUGGCAAAAAAGAAAUGCGCAUUCUCAUGGUGGGCCUGGAUGCUGCAGGGAAGACAACAAUUCUAUACAAACUUAAGCUGGGCGAAAUUGUGACCACCAUUCCCACCAUUGGUUUCAAUGUGGAGACUGUUGAAUACAAGAAUAUCAGCUUCACCGUGUGGGAUGUGGGCGGCCAGGACAAGAUCCGGCCGCUGUGGCGCCACUACUUCCAGAACACCCAAGGCUUGAUCUUCGUAGUGGACAGCAAUGACAGAGAGCGUGUGAACGAGGCCCGUGAAGAGCUCAUGAGGAUGCUAGCUGAAGAUGAGCUCCGAGAUGCUGUUCUCUUGGUGUUUGCCAACAAGCAGGACCUCCCCAAUGCCAUGAAUGCGGCCGAAAUCACAGACAAGCUGGGGCUGCACUCUCUACGCCACAGGAACUGGUACAUUCAGGCCACCUGUGCCACCAGCGGGGACGGGCUCUAUGAAGGACUAGAUUGGCUGUCUAAUCAGCUCCGGAACCAGAAGUGAACCAGACCCCUCCCUCCCCCUCACUUCCUCUUCUCCGCCCUCAGCUUUCCUCUCAUGUGGCAAACGUGCGACUCUGUGGUCCUGAGUGCCAGAAGCUGUCUCCAUGGGUUGGUCACAGUGUGCAUCGCACCGUGCUGUACAUGUGCAGACGCAGCCUGCAGCCAGGUUUUUAUUUAAUGUAAAUAGUUUCUGUUUCCACUGAGGCAGUUUCUGGUACUCCUAUGCAAUAUUACUUAGCUUUUUUAUUGUAAAAAGAGAAUCAACUCAACUGUCAGUACUGAGAAGGGAUUUGGGUGUAGGGGCACCUGGCCUCCGGGAGCCAUUGGGCUGUAGACUGGUGUCGGUAUCCAUUUGGUGGUUGGUUUUUAACCCAAACUCAGUGCAUUUUUUAAAAAUAGUUAAAAAUACAGGACAAGAACACUUGAACACACAGAACGGAGACUAUGCCUAGUGUAGGUUUUGCAGUUAAUGGCCUGAAUGCUAGAUAUCAGAUCACCUGUUUCGCUGUGGGAACAGGAGAGAAGGUGAUGAACAAACCACCAUCCGCUGCAUGGUCACAGUAGAGCCCCCGUGACUCGCCUGUCUUUGGGUCACCUGCAUUCCAUAGCAUUGUGCUUGUACUUGUGCUCACACGGUUACCUAGGGUAGGCUGGGAGCCAUUGUGGGGUGCAGGGCCUGGCUUGUACUUGGUGUGUGCAAGGCCCAAUGGCAGCCUGCAUACCCAGCCUACUCUUGGGCCCACUUGGACGCGCUGGCAGGAGGCCUGGGUCUCACCAGCAGGAGUGCGUGCAAGGUGGGAGGGUCGGUCCAUUACAGACCCACAUCCUGGAGCACCCCCAUCUCCAUGUGUGAAGUAGCUUCCUCCCUCAGCCUGCAAGGGUCCGAUUUGCCAUCGAAAGACGACCUCUACUUUUUUCUUUUGUAUUUUGAUAAACACUGAAGAAGCUGGAGCUGUUAAAUUUAUCUUGGGGAAAUCUCAGAACUGGUUUAUUUGGUGUCGUGGAACCUCUUACCGCUUUCAAUACACAAUUAGUAAUCAACUGUUUUGUAUACUUGUUUUCAGUUUUCAUUUCGACAAGCACUGUAAUUAUAGCUGUUAGAAUAAAGUCUCUUAACUAUUUGA